AUGAACUUGCUCCCGGCCAACCCGCACGGCAACGGGCUGCUCUACGCCGGCUUCAACCAGGACCACGGAUGCUUUGCAUGUGGAAUGGAAAAUGGAUUCCGAGUGUAUAAUGCAGAUCCACUCAAAGAGAAAGAGAAACAAGAAUUUCUAGAAGGUGGUGUUGGCCACGUUGAAAUGCUGUUCCGUUGCAACUAUUUAGCACUAGUAGGUGGAGGAAAAAAACCCAAGUACCCACCUAACAAAGUGAUGAUCUGGGAUGACCUGAAGAAGAAAACUGUCAUUGAGAUAGAAUUUUCUACAGAAGUCAAGGCAGUAAAGCUGCGAAGAGAUAGAAUUGUGGUUGUCUUGGACUCAAUGAUUAAAGUUUUCACCUUCACCCACAAUCCCCACCAGUUGCAUGUCUUCGAAACCUGCUACAACCCUAAAGGUCUCUGUGUCCUUUGUCCCAAUAGUAAUAAUUCUCUACUUGCAUUUCCUGGAACACACACGGGGCAUGUGCAAAUAGUGGAUCUUGCCAAUACAGAAAAGCCUCCUGUAGACAUCCCAGCUCACGAAGGAGUCUUGAGCUGCAUAGCUUUAAACCUGCAGGGAACACGAAUUGCAACAGCAUCAGAAAAAGGGACCCUCAUAAGAAUAUUUGAUACUUCAUCAGGGCAUUUAAUCCAGGAGCUACGAAGAGGAUCACAGGCAGCCAAUAUAUACUGCAUUAACUUCAAUCAGGAUGCUUCCCUUAUCUGUGUAUCCAGCGACCAUGGCACAGUACAUAUUUUUGCUGCAGAAGACCCUAAAAGAAAUAAGCAGUCAAGUUUGGCCUCUGCCACCUUUCUCCCCAAGUACUUCAGUUCCAAAUGGAGUUUUUCCAAGUUUCAGGUUCCCUCUGGCUCUCCAUGCAUUUGUGCCUUUGGAACAGAGCCAAACGCUGUCAUAGCAAUAUGUGCAGAUGGCAGCUACUACAAGUUCUUAUUCAACCAAAAAGGGGAAUGCUCAAGGGAUGUCUAUGCUCAGUUUCUAGAAAUGACAGACGACAAGCUUUGACUGAGCUGAGGAGUGCAUGGGUCAAAGUACUGCCCUGGCUAUUCCACAUCUUUGGAAGGACAAUACAUGAAUGUCCAGUACUGAUCAAGUUUAGCAGACCUCACUGAGAAGCCUGGCCCAACAUGAUCACAAGCAGCUCGGAAGUAGUGGACUACAUAUGUUUAUUCUCAUUUCUGCAAGUAUUUGUCAUUAAAAUCUCUGGGUUACUGUCAUCAACUCAAGUUUUCAAGAUGUGGCUUUCAACAAGCUUGUGCCUAUUGGGUUUCUCUUAAUCUAAACUGUGAAAUUACUUUAGAUUAAACACGAGUGCCUGCCACACCAUGAGAUCUGCAGGGGGCCGUGCAAAGAUACAGCUGGCCUUAGGAAAAGGGAUGUGAAAACAGGAGAUUUUAGGCAUUGCUUUACUUCUACCGAGCAGCUGGGAACAGGGGGAAUAGUAUGGAUAUAAACCUCUACCACCUCAGCCAGGAGCAGGGGUGCUGCCUUCUCCCUCUUUCGGAGCAGAUCUUAUAGGAACAGAAGAGAUGAUAAGGGCAUAGCUGUAGGUGACUGUAGCUUCAGCCAUGCUUGGCCUCUGACUUGGUGCAUGGGAUAGGGUGGUGGGAGUUAGGUGGCCACAGCCUGCUGCUCCUGUACACCUGCUUUUGGUGAUGGCAUUGAGCGAGCAGCACUGUCAGAGAUGCCAAACUGUACAUAGUAGCUGAAGGCACAUUUGGGCACUGGCUGACCCAGCCAUCCUCUCCUCACUGUGUGGAGUAAGCACCCAAGGUGCUUGGGCAGCUGGAGGCCCUGUAGCUGUAGAGAUGAUUCCUUCUGUCAUGGAACAGCCCUUCCAGGUUUACAAAGCACUCUCAUUACUGGUGUGACAGCUCUGCUGGCUGCUUUUGCAGCCACUGUGCUGCAAUGGGAAGACUGGACAAGCCACUUAGACAUCCAGCACAGGGAAUGAACCAGGUGGCAUCAAGUAUAUGUCUGCAAUGGCUUUAAACUUGCAAACGUUCCCUUUUUUCUUUUUUCUUUUUUUUUUUUUUUGUUUGUUUGAGAUGUUUCAUACUAAAUACUGUUGGCCUAGGGACAGGUAGGUGAGACUAAACUGACUGACUCAUUCACUCUUCCCUAAAAUCGUUAUCUAGCAAUUAGCAGUUCCUGCUGAACAAAGGCACAAGAUACCAAACUAGAAACUGAAAUAGACACAAGCUCUCUGUUCAUAGCACUAACGACUAGGGGGAAGGAAAUCUUGGCUCUUCUUAAACUUAACUUCACAGAUGCUUCAAACCUGGACAUGCCAGUUCACUCUAAGAUUGUUUAGCUGCAAACUCUGACAAGUUUCUUAUAGUGUCAUGUAACAUACUAAGGACUAACUCCUACGCCGAUUUUGAUGUCAAGGUUGCAUGUUGCUUUUAUGUGUAUUUAAUCACAGAAAUUGUU